AUGAAAGCAAAUAAUUUUCGAGACCAAGUUAACUUGGUUACUACUUGGUUUAAUAACUGGAGCGAAUGUGAACAAACUGUAGCGUUGUAUUCGUUACUGAAGAAAUUAACGUUAACACAAGCCAAGUUUCUGGAACACGUUUUACAGCAGAGUUUAUUAGACUGUGCCGAGAUACAGACCCUAGAAAAACAAACCAAUGAUCCAAUUAUGGUGAGCCAGUUGAGCAAUGAAUCUAAAGAUAAAGUGAUAUCGAAAUUAGUCCAGUAUUUACCGUUAUUACAGUGUGGUAAUAUGGCCGCUAAACAGGAAUACCUUACUAUCAUACAUAGUGCUUUAUCUCAUUGUAUUGAGAAAGGAGUUGAAAUUGAAGAGAGUAGGCAGUUGCUAUCAUACUCUCUCAUACACCCUGCCUUUACCGCCGAGGAAAGGUCAAAGUUCAGAAUGUGGUUAGGAUAUUUGGAAGAGCGUUAUACCUAUAGCAUUAACAAUACACGUCAAAACCAGUUACAAGAGUUGGGUAAUGCUUACUCUCAAGAAGCUAAUCAAACCUCAGCCAGUAGUGAUGCCAAUUCGUUGUUUUUGAAUAGCGGAUUUGGACAGUUACAACCUCAUAGUGCUCACAGUGGUAGUGGUAAAAGUGGCAGCAGUGGGGGUGGUCAUUUGCCACUACAUGCCACACUUUCUGCACCCCCAAACUUCACCUGCCCAGCCUCUAGAGAUGUUCCAGCCUGGUUAAAAGAGCUAAGAUUACAUAAAUAUGCCAAUAUAUUUAAACAACUAGAUUACCAUCAGAUGUUUGAAUUGACUGAAGAAUAUUUAGAAGAACAGAAUGUUACAACUGGUGCUAGACAUAAAAUAAUACAGAGUAUCGCCAAGUUAAAAGACCGACAGAGAAACCUGAUUCAGCUUGAAAAGGAUAUCAGUAAUGAUAAACCAAUAAUGACAGUACUGGGUGAAAUGGAGGCCAUUAUAAUCACACCUAUAGUACAGUAUCAAAAUAAAGACUUGGAAAACCCCCCACCCGCUACAGUGGACAAUAAAACUGUAUCAUCUGAAAUACCAGAGGGAGAUAUUCCCAGUCAAUUCACCAGAGUUAUGGGCAAAAUUUGUACAUCAUUAUUAAUUAGUCCACGACCACAUUAUUAUGGUUUUCAGUGGUAUAUCAACAUUAUUAAUAAAUGUUUACACCAUUCAGUAAGUUAUUAUUAUUAUUUUUAA